UGGGGGAAGGGGUCGCUGAAGUUGAUGGAACCGCCAUCUUGAAAAGUGCCCUCUGAUGAUCUGCCUUUUCGCGCCUGUCAGAAUCAGUUUUAAACGCUUUAUUUUCCUUACUGGAAUCGCGUGUUAUUUGUGUGUUCGUUUUUGUUAACGAUUUAAGCUAAUGGCCAAAUAAGCUACAUGCCGGUGACCCGUCGUUUACCGUUGUUAAUCGGUGUGUGCUGUUGAGCUGCUGUAUGUGUGCUGUCUGUCCGACCAUCACCGCUGUCUGCCUACCUGUCCAUCCGCCCGGCCAGCCUGGAAUGGGCCACAACUCCCAAAGACUAGAACACACCUUCUCUCUUUAACUGAGCUCCACCAUCUGGACUCCAACACACUCACAGAGCCAACAUGUUUUGGAAGUUUGACCUCCACACCACAUCCCACAUUGACACACUGCUGGAGAAGGAGGAUGUGACGCUGACGGAGGUGAUGGACGAAGAGGAUGUCCUGCAGGAGUGCAAGGCCCAGAACCACAAGCUGGUGGACUUCCUGCUGAGACCGCAGUGCAUGGAAGACUUGGUUACCUUCAUCACACAGGAACCCAGCACUGACGUUGAGGAAAAAGUCAAAUACAAGUACCCCAACAUAUCUUGUGAGCUGCUGACAUCAGAUGUGGGCCAGAUAAAUGACAGACUGGGAGAAGAUGAAAGCCUGCUGAUGAAACUUUAUGGUUUCCUCCAAAAUGAACCACCUCUUAACCCAUUGCUGGCCAGCUUCUUCUCCAAGGUUCUCUCUAUACUCAUAGGACGCAAGCCUGAACAGAUCGUGGACUUUCUGCGGAAGCGGGAGGACUUUGUAGACUUGAUGAUCAAACACAUUGGGACAUCUGCGAUCAUGGACCUACUGCUCAGGAUGCUUACCUGCUUUGAACCACAGCAGUUACGACAGGAUGUUCUCAAUUGGUUGAAUGAGGAGAAAGUGAUCCAGAGACUGGUAGACAUGGUACAAUCUUCUCAGGAUGAGGAUAGACACUCCAAUGCCUCCCAGUCUCUGUGUGAAAUCAUCAGACUGAGCAGAGACCAGAUGUUCCAGGUCCAGGGCUGCUCAGAGCCUGACCCACUGCUGACAACUCUGGAGAAGCAAGAGACUGUUGAGCAGCUGUUGUCCAACAUUUUUGACAAGGAGAAGAACGAAUCUGCAAUUGUCAGUGUUAUCCAGAUCCUCCUCACAUUAUUUGAGACCAGGAGACCAGCGUUUGAGGGCCAUAUGGAGUGCCCUCCUGGAAUGUCCCAUCCUUCAUUCUCUGUCAACCACAGCAUCCUGGAGGCUGUUAGACCCAGACUGAAAGACUUUCACCAGCUGCUACUGGAACCCCCAAAGAAGAACGUGAUGAAGACAACAUGGGGGGUGUUGGACCCUCCUGUGGGCAACACCAGGCUCAAUGUGGUCCGACUGGUGGCCAGCCUACUGCAGAGCAACACACACAGCAUCAACACAGAACUCAUCAACCUCAACACAUUGGGAGUCAUACUAGACAUGUAUUUCAAAUACAUCUGGAACAACUUCCUCCAUAUCCAAGUGGAGAUCUGCACAGCCAUGAUCCUGGCCAUGCCCCCUGCCCCAACUGACAACCAGCCAGACACAGAGCAAGAUCAUCCCAGGGAAAGCAUCCUUAUCAAACAUCUGUUUCAAAAGUGCCAGUUUAUUCAGAGAAUUGUGGAUGCCUGGAGCUCGAAUGAGAAAGAACAGGCGGAAGGUGGACGGCGGCGAGGCUACAUGGGUCACCUCACCAGAAUAGCUAAUUCUGUAGUUCAUAACUGUGACAAAGGCCCUAAUGGAGCGCAGAUACAGCAGCUCAUCUCUGAGCUCCCAGAGGAGGACAGAGAGAGAUGGGAAGCCUUCAUUUCUGGCCAGCUGGCUGACACAAACAAGAGAAACACUGUUGACCUGGUGAACACACACCACAUCCACUCGUCCAGUGAUGAUGAGGUGGACUUUAAAGACAGCAGCUUUCAUCCAGACUCCUCUCUACAACAAGCCUUUUCUGAUUAUCAGAUGCAACAAAUGACGUCCAAUUUUAUUGAGCAGUUCGGCUUCAAUGACGAAGAGUUUGCUGAUCAGGACGAUGUUGUGGAUAUUCCCUUUGAUAGAAUAUCAGACAUCAAUUUUUCACUGAAUACAAAUGAAAGUGCUAAUAUAGCUUUGUUCGAGGCACGCUGUAAGGAGAAGAUCCAGCAGUUUGAAGAUGCUGGUUCUGAUGAGGAGGAUAUCUGGGAUGAAAAAGAUGUCACCUUUGCACCAGAAGCCCAGAGACGCCCCAGGAGUUCAGGUAGCACAGAUAGUGAGGAGAGCACGGACUCAGAGGAGGAGGAUGUGAAGAGAGAUCCGUUUGAAGUGUCAAACCCCAGCACUGAUGACAGAAUGGAAGUUGACACAGGGCCAGUAUGGACGGCCAACUUUGAUGACAUCCCCAUGGACACCGGUAACUCUACAGCUCCAACCUCUAGCCCCAACAACCCUGCCUCUUCCUCCUCCUCCACAGCAGUGGUCCCUGAGGCAGCCUGGAGCUCCUCUCCUUCCACUACCUCCAACUCAGAAACAGGCUGGGCUGAUUUCUCCAACUUUACCCCUGUCAGCCCCAAAGACCCUCUGAGAUGCAACUCCCCCAUAGCCAUGGAAACCAGCGUAGAGACCAUGGACCCUCUGGGAGUCAACGCACCCAUGCGGCCUGAUGACUGUGAUGGCUGGUUGUGCACCAAUGUGGUGCCACCUUCCUCCUCCUCCUCCUCCUCUAAGGAUUGUGGGAGCUCUGAAGCCCAGGAGGAGCCAUGCUGCGAGCAGCGCAGUAUCACUGAGACAGUCAUCAAUGGCUCCAUGAAAGAAACCGUCAGCCUGACUGUUGAUGCCAAGACAGAGACUGCAGUCUUCAAGAGUGAUGAAGAGAAGUGUGGUUCAUCAGAAGAGAAGUACUCAGUAGUGGAGUGUGUGGAUCCAGAGAGAACAGGCCUCAACAGCCCAGCAUCAGCCUGCUGCCCCAAAUCAGGCAGUGACAAGUGUCGGUCCUCUGUGGAGCUUCCCAAUGGUCCUUUAGAGGAGAUGUCAACCAUAGAGGAAGCCAAAUUGGACCAGAGUACCGUCUCCUUAGAGUCAACUGUAAACGGGCCGGUGUGAGGGUUGCCUAGCGCCAGCCAAAGGCCAGCCUGUUCCUGCCUUGCAGGGCCUUCCUCCUGGCCAGUCAGCCGAGGCCGCUGCUCAGAGUUGUACCAAUCACACAACACCAACAGGACCAGCAAUACUCCCAUAGGUUCAUCACAGACAGGUGUACAGACACAGGAUGAACUGAAAAGAAAAGAGAAAUGAGAGAUGUAUUCAAAUGGAUACAGAUUUCUUUUUGCAUUUGUUUAUAUACUAUUGUUCUUAUGGGGUGAUGUGCGACUGCUAUCUUGCCACUCAAAAGUUAAAUAGUAAUGUUGCUAUAGUUAAAGAAAUGAUUGUAUGAAUAAAAUAUUUUAUAAAAAGAAAUGUAUACAGAAACGAUCAGAUGAAUAACCGAAGGGAAAGAACUGAAUCUAGCUGAUUGGCGAAUGCUCUUUGUGAGUGUGACCCAAGCGACCACUAAGCUGUUGUUACUGAGAGGGAUUUCUUAUCCUGUCUGACAAACUGAAAUUUAAUUUUUGAGCAAAGUCAACAACGGCUACUAUGUUUAAAAUCUUCACCCACCACUGGUCUGUGUCUCUGAGCAAAGCUUCUCCUGGGAAUGGAAUUGAAACACAUUUUUUAAAAAACAAAAAAAAAACAAAAACAAACAAACAAAAAAAAAUACAAAAACUUAAAGGUUUAUUUUGCCACAGGUAUUAUUUGUAAAUGUUUUUUCUCUUGUAUUCUUCUGCAUUGAGCAAGAUUUGACAAGCCUUUUUGGUAUAGUUUUUAACUUAAUUUAUUAUCAAAGUUAGAUUAUGGUAAUGUUUUGUUCCUUAAGAGCCAUACCGACACGUUCUCUCCCCUUCUGGCAUGCUGUGUUCAUGACAACUACGAAGUUUAACUGCCUCCAGAAGAGAAAUGUGUCUUCACCACAGCCUAAACUGGGAAGUUGGAAGUAUACUGAGCUUAUAUGUAACACCCCAGUUCAGCCUCGUCAUAAUGACACUGUUGGCUGAAAUGUUCUUUUCUAAUCUGUGUUGAAUGCUUCUUUAGACCUCAUUUCAACUUGGCAAAUCCCACUGCAGGUUCAAGGUACAUCUAGAUAAUGUGCAUGUAGGGAUUCAUGCCACUCAUGAUACUGAUAAUCUACUGCAAGCAGAAUGGACCAAUUCUGUUUAUCCAGCUUCAUGUAGGGGCUGCGUUUUAGAAAGGUUGGUAGGUGAGGGACUUAACUACCUUUUUUUUUCCCCAAAUAAGGUAGGUUUGCAGAAUAAAAUCCUAAUAACAUUAUCAAGGUGGAUGCUGGACCCCACUUUGAAAACCCAUGGCCUAGGCUUCUAUCAAAUAAUUAACAUAUUUUGAAAGCAAGGUUGAUCCACACAUUUACUUGUAAAUUUGUCAGAUCAUAUACAUAAAGGGCAUCAAACAGUCAGCCUCAGAGCUAUUGUGAAAACACAGAACAACCACAGUUCAGUAACAAAACUAUGAAAGUGCAUUAGGGCCACAAAAAAAUAAAAUAACAAUUGAGUUCUUAGAUUAAAGGCUGAAUUUUGAUUUAAUCAUAAUUCUGCCUUUAAUCUCAGUAUCCUGACUUUCUCAGAAUUUGGAGAUUAAUCUCAGAAUUUCUUUUGUUUAUUGUGUGUGUCUAUAUAUUGUGUCUAUAUAAAUAUCCUCUUCUGUACUUAACAGCCACUACAACAGAUUCUACCCGCCCCCAACCCUCCACCCCUCCCCCCAAUAAUGCAGAGUGAAAAAAAAGCUCAUCUGGAGCAGCUGACCCUUUGCUAAGAUGUGGCAUUGAGCCCUGCCUAGACAGUAUACAUAUAUCUGCAUUGGGAUUUCCAUGCCAGGUGGACAUGGGUCUUAAUCCAGUCUGAAACCCCAGGCCAGUUUGUUGUAUAUAAUGGUCUCCUGUGAUUUGGAGCUUCGAGCUAGCACUACUUCUCAGCUAGUCUCUAUCUAGAGCCAAACAGGGCAGUUCCAAACAACUAAGUUCUCCAACAUUACUUGCUGCUUGACGCCUGGCACUGCUGAAGCAGCUGUCCUCUGCUUGUCCACCUAAUGUCCCAGCUCGCAUCAGCAAGAUUGGGUCCAGUUCAGUAAUGGCUGCAUGCUUGGUGGGGGCAAUGAGCUGUUUCUCUGGAGGGUUGUAGCCCAAAGGCUCUGUACUCUGCUGUCCUGUAUCACUCAAGCUGAACUUCUAAAUAUGUGACAGGAGUGUGUGGGGGUGAUGGUCAUUAUUGGCAUUGCUUCAGGUUUUUUUUUUUUUUUUUUUUUUUUUCCAUCUUUUUUGUAAUAAAAAGUUCAUCUGUACCAGCAAUGGAAAGGGGAUAUACUAUUUAUAUUAGUACUUAAUACCCCACAUCUUUUUUUUUUCUGCUCUCGGAUUAUUAAAUUUCACCUUGUUAAUUAUUUAA